GUAUGUCAUCUUGUGAAAAUUUCUGCAAACGUGGAUGAGAAGGAGUUAUCGUUCUCUUUACCAAUGCAUAUUCGCAGCUAGUCUUUCAUUAUGCAUCCUGUUGUAAAUAUGUGGCUUAAAGCAAGAGAAUAGAAAGAGGUCAUCACUUUUUUUGCAAAUGUGAAAAGAAGAUUCAAGCUGAAAUAUGGAUCACCAAAGCACGAUUGAGACAGCUAUCUUGAAGAGAGCGGUGAUACGAGGCAGAGAGCUUAUUGUUAUUUAUUUUCUUAUUUUUCACUGCGGGAUAUGACCUAAAAGCAGCUGCUUUUCAUCAGUUUGAAGUUAUUUCGGGAGUGGUGGUGAACUGGGUACGUCUCCGCCUCUCAAUCGAAAGGUCUGAUAUUCGAGACCCGCCGUGCUCCUUGCUUGAGGCUGGGGAAUCAGAUGGACGUGAAUGCAUCUGCAACGUGUGCUGCAGAAUCCUUCAUCACCAUGGGACCUUUUAUGACCUAUUCAUCUCAUACUCAACAGCCGCAAACUUGCACCAACAGUGAAGAGCAGCAGCAGAAGCACAAUACCAUGUAUCAUCAGCAACCUAUUGCAUCAACAGCUCGUUCUGGCAAUGAGAUGGACAUUCUGCAGGCCGCAUUGCAUCUAGCCGAUAUAUCAGAAGAAGAGCUCAAAGCCGAAGAGCUGAACACAUCUCUUUUUCCGACGCAAGAGUUGCAACAGGAUCAAGGCGGUGGCAGAGGAAUCUCGUCAUACACAUCCUUAGCUCAACUGCAAUCGACCGGACUAUGCAUGGACCCUGAAUAUCAAUGUGCGUCCUCAAUUUACACUAACCAAUCGCAACCUCAUUUAAUACCGUGUCAGAGCAGUUCAAUCCAGCAACCAGGAAUUGUAAUGACAUCGCAGGUGCAACCUCAAAAUAGUGCAGUAUUUGCAGCAAAUGCGCCGUCGGUAGCUAAGAAACGAAAAGGGUCAAAUUCGACGGGGUCAUCGUGCUCUCCAAAUGAAGGUCUGCCUAGGCCAAGAGGAAGGCCGAAAAGUCCGAAGGGUGCACCGAAGAAUACUCCAAAGAAAAAACCACAGCCUUUCAUAUCAACCUACAAUGGUCAAAAGGUGAUGUACAUACCAGUUCCCUGUCCUAACAACGGAGAAACACCAGUAGCCCCUUCAAGUGCAAUGCCUCCUAUAAUUACUCAGAACAUCCCGCCCUUUCUCAGCCAGUCAACGGUGCAAUUGACGCCAGAUCAACAACCCAAUACACAGCCAAACAUCUCCGCAAAAUGUCAGCCGGUGAAAGUUCCUACAAUCAAAAGUAAAAAGACAACUUGCACGAAAGCGCAACAAAAGAAGUUGGGGAUCCAAUUGAAACAGAGUAUGAAUAUAGCAGUUUCAAAACAUAAUCAGGGUCAGUUGGGAACUACUAAUUUUAUCCAACCAAACAGUUACAUCCAAUCAAGUGUAUGCAGCAUUGAACAAUCAUCUGUCAACAGUAGAAAUUGCCCCGUUGUCAUAGCGGGAAGCAAUGCUGCGAAAUCACAAGUCAUAGAAUUUGCCUCUAGCAGUUCUUCUUUACCAGCUGAUAAUUCCAAUUCUUCCGAUCAGCCGAUCAAAGUGCAAAUAAUGUCCCAAAGCAAUCAACAACCAACCAGAAUUAUUCAACAGCAUCAUCAAAGUAUUUCUUCGAGGAGUGCGAAUGGAAUGGAUCCAAAAUUAGCCAAUGGGUCAAUGGUGAAUAGUCAACCCGUACAUGUCUCGACAAGUGGUCAAAACGGGAUACGAUUGGCUCCUCAUCAAGUGUCCGCUUCCAAUCAAACUAUGCAAAAGCUAAACAUCAUAGCUAGUUCGAUUCAACCGCAGUCGAAGGGAUACCAACAGACAUCAAGGUGUCAAGACCAGCAGCCCAUGAUUACCUUCCAAAUUGUGCAAAACUCUAAAACUGGAACUAUUGAGUUCAUUCCAGUGGGGCCAUCAAAUGGGAAAACGCAGAUUCAAAUCAUUCCCAAACCUGCUCAAAUUCAACAACAUGCGAUCAGAGUGACAACUGAGGCUGCAGAAACGCCGAAGCCUUUCGUCACUGGUUUGAAUAAUCAUGUAGAAGGUACAGCGAUGAAGUCAAUAGCAAUGAAAGUUCAAGAUGCAUCCUUGGUGCAAUCAUCUCCAAAAUCUAUGUCAAAAAAGAAGUCAGCAAAGUCCAACGCCGCUCUUCAGUUUCCUCGGAAGAGAGGAAGACCUCGCAACCAGCCGAGCAACGAGAGCAAAGAUGCAGUGGACAAGAUAUCAGCAGCCUUGAAGUCCAUAGGAGCAACCGUGUGUCCCGUAGGAUCGCUUGGAUCUACGCAUUUGGUGCCAAAGUUAUGUCCAGGCGCUGAACUUCCCCCGGGAAAUUCUUCAACAAUGAGUAUUCAAUCUCCGUGCAGUAGCAGUCAAAUGACACUUCAUGACUCUGAGCUGUCAAAUUUUUCAAACGGCGAGGGAGCGAAAGAUCACUUGAAGAAAGAAUCGCCUAAAGCAUUGAAGAAGGCAUGUGACAGAGGAGGUGCAUCUAAGAAGAAGUCCACGAAAGAUUCCAGGAGUCAUAGCAGCCAAGCUGUGCCUCCUCAUGUCCAAGGUGCCAUCAAUUAUGAGCAAAAUAGGGUGCUGGCUCCUGACUUCUCGAGGUGUUUUGAGCGCAUGCGAGAUGCCACCAUGAGAUUACUACCUUAUCAUGUUCUGCAGGAUUUAGCUUUCAACGAGGUGUUCCUAGAAAAAGAGGACGUUGAGUUUGAGAAGCACUGUGCUAGCUUGUUGGUCAAGGCGGACAAUCUCUUUCUCAGGUUCAAAUGCGCCAUGCUGAAGGACUGUAUGAGAGACGCUCCUAAUAGUGACUACGCCUUGUUGGAAAGACUACAGCACCAAUGUGCCAUAGACAAAUUAGACGAAGCCAAAAAAGAAUGCACAAACUUGAAGGCUUUAAAAAAGCAACUGUGUUCUAAAAAUAUUUAUCAAAGCACCACUAGUCAGCCCCUUUCUAUCUCAAAUACAGACGUGAGCUCUGAACAAAUCUGCCAACCUGUGAUGACAUUUCAAAAUGGUUUUCCAGAAAGUCAAAAAGUAGCCCAGAGUGCCAGAUACUGUCCAAUAAAUGCUACAAAUUCAGGUGCGAGUCCUCAAAUUUCACCCAAGUACCAAAUAGAUGAAAGAUUUAGCGAGAAUACUUUGGGUGACUAUCCUGUUACAAUAAAUUCAACUGACCGAAUCAUUUCAUCAGAAGUAGAUGACAAAUUGAAGAAUGAAUCAAUGUCGCAAUCAAUAACAUCACACAGUGAUGUAGUUAAAGAUAUUUCUAUUUGUGGUCUUGAAAACAGUCAAAUGAGUUCAGACACUAAACCAAUGCAGUUUGACAGUAACUUUGCUGCAAAUUUUAUCCCAAACGGUACACACGAAGUUCAGAACGGACAGUAUCAUCAGUAUGUUUUUACGGAACCAGAUAUUCCGAUUACUCCACUCACCAACGAGGAAUGCUUUUUCAAGUGCAGCAGCAAAUCAACAGACUCGGGCUGCUUCAGUCAAUCAGAGUGCGACCAGGCAGUCAACAGCAUUCUUUGAUACAUAACAAGGUUCAAACUGGAAAUUUUUCUUUUUAAGCUUCUUGUUCAGUAUAAUUAUUUAGUUGCGGUCUAUUUUUGUACAUAAUUUUUUGAUAAUUUGUCUGAUUGCUGAAAACAUUGAUGAGCUGAAAACAGUUGCGUAGCAGGUUUAAUUUCUUUCUUUGAGCAAACUUAUAAUAAAAAUGUAAGUUUCAGUCUUCUAACUACUGUUGCAAUGAGGUUAGUCGUACGCAAUUGGAGCUAUCUUUGCUUUUGUCAGAUAUGAACAAUAUAGCUCAAGUAGUUGUUUUAAGCAAUUUUCACUGAUUAGGGAACUGGAGUAUAUGGGAGCCUUGUUUUUUUCUUGACAUUACUCUAAAUGUUACUGUAAUUUGUAUUCGCAAGCUGUACUUUCAUGUAAUUGAACUUGUCAAAAUCCUA